UUCCCCAAAGAUUGCACCGCAUAUCUGGAAGGGAGUUUGGGAAGAGAGUAUAAGAGAACUGGAGCAAACGGGACAUUUGGGGAAAAAUUCUCGCUCGACAAGGAAACCUAACUGGAGAUGAUCAAGUCCUGAGAAGUGGCUAAAUGGAGGGAUAUAGGUAUUUAACAUAAGCAUGGUUGAUGCAUACUAUCAAAUCGCUGAUAGACCGCCUGAUUUCUAAUUACCGAGCGACUUAUUAUUAAACAUUAGGAAAAAAAAGAUAAAAAGAAAUCAAGACUGGCCCGAUAAAACCAUAAACUUGAAAACAGGCUUCAGAAUUGAAAAGAGUAUUUUUGCUUUCCAUGAAGAAAUCUAAACGGAUGGCCAGCGAAUCAAAUCUAAACUCCUCCUCAGUCGUCUCCAAAUCAAAGCAACGCACGUUCCCAUCCGCCCAAUCUUGAAUCAGACAAUCCUGUCCCUUCGCCCAUUGUGAAAACUACAAUUCCCAGAAUGCAGCUGGUUCCCGGUAGAGGGAAGUCUCAUUGGAUGAUGCCUUAUAGAUAGGUGAAGGAAAUAACCUUAGCGUGGGACUAAUUUUUCCUAAUGAAUCAAAAGUGUCCGGAAGAGUAAAAGAAAGGCUGAUUGAGAAAUUGCUACUUAAAGGGAGCAGUUUGGACAAAAAACAACAAUGACUAAUCCUGAGAAGAAAGUAGAGAAAAAUAUCUGUGGAGAUCAUUGUGAUCAACAGCAAAACUAUGGAGAUGGACAUGGGGAAGAUCUCUGGGAUGCAUUUGAGCUUCUGGAAAUUGAUGGGAAUGAUGAAAGAUCCAGUGAACAGGUUACAGGAAAUGAGAAUUGGUGUUCGAGGAAUGUUCUAAGGAAACAACGGCACUGGGAGAAGAUUGUUUCUGCAAAGAAGGAUAAAAGAAAAUGUGAAAGAGAACGACGUAAAGCGAAGCACGCUGAACAAAAAGGCACUGCUCCUCAACUUAGUAAGCGAGAUCUAAAAGCCAUUGCAAAAGAUCGUCUUCUAGAGGCCAAGGCAACAGGUCCUCGGCUGUGUAUUGAUAUGAGCUUGACCGGUCACAUGACUAAGAAGGAAAUAAGUCGUCUUGCUGCACAGAUUAGGCGGCUUUAUGGGUCUAACAAGAAAGCUCAGAAGCCCUUUUGGCUCCACCUCACAGGAAUUGUGAAAAACAGUCCUAUUUAUGAAGCAUGCUUGAGAAUGAAUGAUGGAUUUGCCAAUUAUCUGAUGGAUGUUACCGCAGAAAGUUAUCUUGAUCUAUUUCCUUUGGAUGUGAUUGUAUAUCUCACACCAGAUUCUGAUAAUGUUCUUGAGGAAGUUGAUCCACAAAAAGUACAUAUUUUGGGAGGGCUGGUGGAUGAAAGCAUUCAAAAAAAACUCACUUUCCAAAUUGCCCAGGAAAGACAUCUGCAGACAGCAAGAUUGCCUAUUCAAGAGUACAUGGUAAAAAACAUCAAUGCAAAAAAUUACCACUCUACAACCUUAGCAAUCAACCAAGUGUUCGAUGCCUUAUCAACUUUCUGUGAUACAAAGAGUUGGGAAGAAGCACUUAAAGCUGCAGUUUCUCCUGGAAAGGGAUACAUCUUCAAAGACACACAGUGACAAAAGAGUUCUGGAUAUAAAUAUGAGAAAACAAGAUUUGGUCUGCCUUUGGUAACCUACAACAGCCUCCUUUACCCAAUUGCAUUCCAGAUAUUUUGAACUACAACGAUUAAAAUUUCCAGUUGUAAAUUAUGGGAGGUUGGCUCCAGCACUACUGUAUAUAGACAUGUGGGGAGACUAAAUGAUUACUUAAUUAUCUUCAUUUCUGCUUACUGUACUUCUUGGGGAGAAGACUGGGUCUCUCAUUGCUUAUUCUUGGUGAAUCUAUUAGAAGGGUUAAAGUAUUGUUUGUUUUACAUUACAGUUAACUGCACUUAUUACUGAUACACACUUUUUUUUAAACAUGACAUUUGUGCUGGGAAUUUUUGCUGAAAACAAUGAGUCUUUCAUAAUGAAAUGAAUGGGUAGCUUUUCCUGCACUCAUAGGCAAAGGAGCUGAGGUUAUGUCAAUUUAGUUUUUUUUAACAUAAAUGCUUUAUUGCUUUA